CGUGCGCGGACGUGUAGCUCGCGUUUCACAUCGCGAGAUCGUGUUAUUCACGCGCCAUUUGACAGUCGUGCUGUGUUCCUCGCGGUGAGUGUUUACUGCAAAACAUCACAGUGCCGCGUUGUGGUUCUCUCUGAUAACGCAUACAUAUCAAAGAUUGACAUGAAAUAGAAGAGAUCUAAAUAGUUACAGUCGGAGUGUUUUUUUUUUUAAAUAUACUAUCAGACUUUUUAGGACCGAAGUCGACCUAAACUGUUUUGUGUAUGUGCAAUGUUGAUAAGUACUAGCUGGUGAGUGUGACCGUGCGAUGGCGCGCGGUGUUCUCGUACUCUCGAUCCUGGUGUCGGUUCUGUCGCACAUUGAAACAACACUAGGGCAUUACACGCCAACAUGGGCCGUCCAUAUACCGGAAGGAAGAGAAGUUGCCGAUGCCGUCGCCAGGGACCACGGCUUCGUCAAUCUUGGAAAGAUAUUCGACGAUCACUACCAUUUUCAUCAUCGUUCACUAACGAAGAGAUCCCUCACGCCAGCCCACGAGCAUCACGGCAGAUUAGAAGGUGAUAGCAGGGUACGAUGGGCUGAACAACAAAAAAUCCUGUCAAGAAAAAAGAGGGAUUUUCAAAUCAUAUCCACAUUAUACUCGACAGCUGAAACAAGAACAUCGGAGCCCUCUUCUUCGGCUGCGUCGAAGCGAGAUGCGGACAGGAAGCGAGAGCUGAACACACGAAUAAGGGGAAGAACACGUUCGGCGGAUUUAAAAUUUAUUCUCAAUGACCCUAAAUGGCCUCAUAUGUGGUAUUUAAAUCGUGGUGGCGGCCUAGAUAUGAAUGUGAUACCAGCGUGGCGGGAAGGCAUUACUGGCAGAGGAGUCGUCGUAACGAUCCUCGAUGAUGGCCUCGAAACUGACCACCCUGAUCUCGUCGCGAAUUACGACCCAGCUGCAUCAUACGAUGUGAACGGGCUCGAUCCGGAUCCUCAGCCAAGAUAUGACGUCAUAGACUCAAAUAGGCACGGAACGAGGUGCGCCGGCGAAGUUGCCGCCACUGCCAACAACUCGCUUUGUGCAGUCGGUGUUGCGUUCGGUGCUCGAGUUGGAGGCGUCCGCAUGUUAGAUGGUGAUGUAACAGAUGUCGUCGAAGCCAGAUCUUUGAGUCUCAAUCCUCAACACGUUGACAUAUACAGUGCCUCGUGGGGACCGGAUGAUGAUGGAAAGACUGUGGAUGGGCCCGGACUAUUGGCGACGAGAGCAUUUAUUGAAGGCGUUACUAAGGGUCGCAAUGGAAAAGGUUCGAUCUUUGUAUGGGCGUCAGGAAACGGCGGCAAAGAGCACGAUAACUGCAACUGCGACGGCUACACUAACUCGAUUUGGACGUUAUCGAUAUCGUCGGCAACGGAACGCGGCGACGUCCCUUGGUACUCGGAGAAAUGCAGCUCGACUUUAGCGGCCACGUACAGCAGUGGCGCAAUAAACGAGAACCAGGUGGUAACAACGGACUUGCAUCACUCUUGCACAGCCGGUCACACGGGUACAUCCGCAUCGGCCCCUCUUGCAGCCGGUAUAUGCGCUUUGGCACUACAGGCUAAUAGAGAUCUAACAUGGCGAGACAUGCAGCAUAUUGUUGUCAGAACAGCUCGUCCCGAGCGACUGAGCUUGAGCGGUGAGUGGAGAAUAAACGGCGUGGGACGAAACGUUUCGCAUUCGUUUGGCUACGGACUGCUGGAUGCGUCGGGCAUGGUGCGACUGGCCAAAACAUGGCGCACCGUUCCACCUCAAAGGCGAUGCGAACUGGCAGCCCCGAGACCUCAUCGGAUGAUCCCACCGCGGUCUGCUAUUACAUUGCAGCUGGCCGUAAGUUCGUGUCCCGGAGUUAAUUACUUAGAGCACGUUCAAGCCCGAAUUUCUUUAUCGGCCGCGAGAAGAGGAGAUCUUCGCAUCACUUUGACUUCGCCGGCUGGAACUAAUGUCACUUUGUUGGCGCCUAGGCCGCACGAUUCUUCGCAUAGCGGCUUCAAUUCGUGGCCUUUCAUGUCGGUCCAUAUGUGGGGUGAGAAUCCGUUGGGCGAGUGGCAACUGGAGGUCACAAAUGAAGGCCGCUACAUGGGCCGAGCGUCGUUGCAAGAGUGGUCAUUAACAUUAUAUGGGACUAGCACGCCUGCCGCGAAAAACGAUCCGAUACCAUUCCGGAAUCCGAUCAUACGGAACAAGGGGAACGCGUCGCGGCCCGUCGUCUUACAAGCCGGCCGUAAGAACAACAGGGGGAAGAUAGUUCCUGUAGCGCCGACUUACAGCGUCGGCUUAGUCAAAAGGAAGAAGAACAAGAAUUCAAAGAAUCCGAACAGGAAUUCGCAGAAGUCGAAGCAGAGCAGGCCCGGGGCGAGGACGACCCCGACCCCCUCUGCUGUCCCCCCUGUCCCGGCUGACCUUAGUCUGCACCUCCGAGCCGACACCCCCCCCGGAACGGACGCGCGUGGCCGCAAGAUGUCUAACCUGUUUGAGCAGUACCCCAAGAUACAGAGGAUAUACCCCGCGCCGCUACAGGCCCACGAAGCCGGCACUUUAACUCAAUGGGAGCUGAUUUUCUACGGAACAGAGACACCGGCUCAGGAGCAAGACGUGUCACCGGAUACCAACUCUUUGGGCGAAAAUUCUCGGGUGGACACAAAACCUUGGACCUUGUCUGAGCCUGAAUCUAUUGAAGAAGUAAGACAGAACGCCAUUGAUGAUGAUCUGGCUCUCGUUUGGCACGACUCUCAAACGAUCCGUGAAGAGAAUCCAGUCGGUGCUGGAGACGUCGACACGGGGCAGUACGCUGCGAGCGCCGCGGGCUGCGCUACCCGCGCUCCGCAGCCGCCGCAUACCUGCAUAGAAUGCGCGAAGGGCUUGCAUUUGUACAACGGGCGGUGCUACUCACGUUGUCCGGACGGUACGUACGCCAAUGAGAUCUCGAUGGAACGGAGCUCCAGAAGACGUAACCUUACAAUUUUUUCUGAGGGUUCCCUUAGCAAGCGGCAAGACGGGUCACUAAAAUCGUCAGCUCUGGAGGCUUUAGACAUGGAACCGUAUGCGAACUCGACUAAAGAUCCUUUAAUUUGCCUGCCCUGCCAUUACACCUGUGCCACGUGCGCAGGUCCUCACGACAGUCAAUGUGUAUCUUGUCUAGACGACGCGGAGUUGUUCACUUCGACAGAUUCGGUUCUCAAAUACUAUUGCUACCCAAAAAAGGUCGUGUCACAGAUAAGCGACGUCAACUGGCAUUAUAGAUUGAAUGUCGUCCUUUCCCUAGUUUUGUUCUGUAUUUGUUUUAUUUCUCUUUAUUUUAUUAUAUCGUGGACCCUGAAAUGGUUUUACGGUACGAACAAUUACAAUUCGAACAUCGCGUACAACAAAUUAUCGUCGGACGAAAAACAGCAAAGCGCUUCCGAGGUCGAGGAAGAGAUCCGGUUGGCUCUGAAGGAUUACAGUGAGAGCGAGACAGAAGAUGAUCUAAAUUUAUAGCGGCUAUUAACAUUCUAACAAGUAUUAUGAAUAGGGCGUUUGGAUUCAAGGCUCCAAACGGUAACCAGUUGAAUAUGUUACUUUAAAUUACGGAGAAUAUCUAAGACCGUAUCCAAUAGUUAUUAUUUUGUAGACAUAACGAAUAGAGCAUAAUUAUUUUGUUGCUUUAAAUAAAUAGAUGUUAUUAAUCUGAAAAAUUCUCAAAUCAUGUAACUUGACCUUUAUUUAUCACUCACUCUUUACGCAAUCUGAUUUUUAUGAGUAAUAAAAAAUGGGUUGUGUGAAAGUAUUUCUUCAAUAUUAAAUACUUUGAAUCAAUAAGUCGAUAAAUAUGUUUGCGUGAAUUUGAUACUUUACAUUGGAGCGCGUUAGUGAUUAAUUUAUUUAGUAAUCUAAUGCAGGGCUAGUGCAUGUGAUAUUUUGUAAUCAGUUGUCACAAUUUUACACUAUUUUGUUAUUGAAUUAAGUGCUUAUUUUUUAUGAUAUCGCUGGAAAGGUUAAGAUAAAAUAAUAUCAUGUCGAUAAAUAGAUGGACAAUUUAUCUUUAGAACCCAAAGAACUGAAAGAAUUUUCUGUUUCAUUCUUCAAUUUAUCGGGUUGUUUCUAUUAAAUUUUAAUUUAGAGAGACGCUAACUAAAUUAGUACACGUGUUUAUUAAGAACAUUAUUUCUAAUUACAUUUCCUUUCUUAAAAAAAUUAUCUUAGGUUUUAAUUACUAAAUGAGAUUACGUGCUGCUUACUUUCAUUAUUUUUAUCUUCUCUUCUUAUUCAAAUAAGCAUUCCAUUCGUAAUAAGAUUAUUUUAAGUAAUUCCAAGAGACUCAUUUUAGUAUGUAAUUAUAUAUAAAAUGAGCAUUAAUAAUAUUAAUUAAUAAACGAAGCAUAAUUUAAUUGUUACAAAGAGUUUUGCUCAAGAUGCCAUUUAACUUUACUGAUAAUUUUCUUCGUCGUUUU